GAGAGAGUUAGAAAAGGCAGUAAGCAUGGGAAUAUUUGCGGUUCUUUCUAUAAACAUUCUCAACUUAUGUUCGCACGUCUUCUCACUAGUAGUUAUGCUGGAGACGGACGCCAGUAUGUCUACUAAAAUCAAAAUGUUCCUGGCGGCACCAGUCUUCAUGUGUCAGAGUGGUUUGUACUGCCUCACUGGACAGGCGAUUAUUGACCAGAGCGACCGGCUCGCCGACUCCGCUUACAGUUGCGGGUGGCCAGACGCCGACCAGCGUUUCAAGAGGUCCCUCCGGGUGUUGAUGACGCGCGCCGAGCAACCCCUCUGCAUCAGAGUGGGCAAGCUCAUCGAGCUCUCCAGGGCCACCUUCCAGGAGCUGCUGAAGGGAACGUACCAGCUGUUCAACUUGGUGUACCAGGUCCACACCAACUAGACAGCAAUGCUCUGACACCAUGGCUACCUCUCGCUCUGUGCGUUACGAC